AUGUCGUCGUCAUCAUCACCACCCACAGCAACCAUGCUCGCAAGUUCAGCCAUCACGCAUCUCUCUGCCACCUACCCAAACCGCGUGCAAAUCCACCUGCAUCCGGCCACCUCUCUGCCCGCUAGCCUUGCCAGCAGCCUGUCGGAUGCGGUGGACUCACCCGCACCGCGCGGCGACCUACCGGUUGCGCUAGUGUGGACGGUGGAGUCUCUGCGGCUGAUGCGCACGUACGGCGUGACGGGGAGCUACACGGGGACGCUGGCGCAGUUCCCGCAGCAGAACGUGUUUCUGGGGCUGCCCGUGCAGAUGCUGCCGGAGGAGGUCGUGUUUCUCGUGCGGCGCGGACGUGCGGUGGUGGUGGAUGAGUGUGCGUCGUAUCGGGCGAGUGGCGCGGGGGAGCGGGCGGAGGUGCGGAAUGCGGUGGCGGAAGAUAGGCGGGGGCAGCAGCUGGCUGCGUGGCACGAGCGACAGUUGCUGCGCGCCAAGCACUCCUCUUCGUCCGCCGGGUCCGCGCAACCAACGCAGGCGGAGCUCGACACCCUCCCCUGGCACUACACCAUCCCCACCACCUCGUCCGCCCUCCCCUGGUACACUCCCACGGCCUACACGCACCUCUCGGCGAUCCAGCACGUCUUCGCGUACCCGCGCACCGCGCGCGAGAUCGGCAGCACCGCGCUCUUCGAUCACCUGCGCGGCGACCACGGCCUGUGGUGCCUCAACGGCCUGCGCUUUGGCGGCUCGUUCGCCGUCUACCCCGGCGACCCACUGCGCUACCACAGCCACUACACCGCGCAGCUCGUGCUGCGCGGCGAGGACAUUGCGAUGACCAGCCUCGUCGCGAACGGCAGGCUGGGCACCGCGGUCAAGAAGACGCAUCUGCUGUGCUGCGUCCAGGACGUCGCGGAGGGGCUGGAGGCCCAGGACGAGGCGGAGAUAGGAGCGCAGAUCGGGAGCGGCCGCUUUGAUGUUGCCGUCAGGGGCAACAGGGAUCCGACGCGCUCGCAAGCGGCGCAAGAGGGCGACGGCGACGGCGAGGCGAUAGCGGGAACGACACUGGCUACGUUCAACGUGUUCAGCUUAGCCUGGGCUGGCUUCGGUACCUGA